UCAAAGUCUACUGCAAGACACUGUCUGUUUUACUGUGACGCGAUAUUAUUUCAAAACUUUUUCAAUAAUUUGGAGGCUGAAGGAUUUAUUUAAAAGUAAUAAAUACUGAAGAAAUAAUCGUCUAAAGCAAUGUCUUUUGGAUUUAAAAUAAGAAAAGUUAUUGUCGUCUUGUAGUGUGUGGGAAACUGAAAAUAAAUAAGACAAGACUUGAGACACGGUAUUUCAAAUCAGUUUAUACAGCAGUGUGAACUGGAAAAAUGACGCUGGGACUCAUUUCGUUUUUGUCUGUUUGCAUCUUUUGUAUUCAAGUGCCGCAGGGCCAAACUGGAUGUGCUGAAGUGGAUUCCAUGACAGAAGCAGUGGCAGGAGAGAGUUUCACAUUAGGAUGCAUUUCCUGCAAAAGAAGAGAAGAAGUGCCUGCUUCUGCUAUCGUGAGCUGGCACUUCAAACCACCUGGAGAUGAGGAGUUCAUCCAGAUUUUCCUUUAUAGACAUCCAAACCCUACCAUUCUUCAUGAACAAUUUAAGGAAAGGUUGGAGUGGCAAGGCACCACAGGGACAAAAGAUGUGCAAGUUGGCACCGUCUUCAUUCAUAAUGUCACACAUAACGACAGUGGGACUUACCUCUGUACUUUCAACCGGACACUGCAUCUGUCUCUGUACGACGAGAAUGUGAUUAUAAACAAAGAGGUGGAGCUCACAGUGGUGGAUGAAGCCAACCGUGAACUAGUGGCUGUGAUCUCCGAGAUUAUGAUGUACGUGUUGAUCGUGGUCCUGCAGUUAUGGAUGUUUGGAGUGCUUAUUUACUGCUAUAAGAAGAUAUCAGCAGAGAACGAAGCUCGAGAGGCCAGAAAAGCUGCACGCUCUCAAAACAAACUCAUUGACUCAAAGGAUCCUUGUGAUGGCGUGUAUUUGGAAUAACUAGUUUUGGUUAGUAAACCUAUAGAGGGAUUGCACUUAAGACAAGAUUUGGUCAGUUGCAAAUAUGCAAUAUGCUAUGGUACUCUGAUGUAAACAACAGCAUAGAUUGCAUGGUUAAUGUACCACUGAAUAUGUUGUUCUGCACGUUUUUGCUGUGUAAACCAUGGGAGAAAAAGCAUAGAAGCUGCUAAAUUUUAUAAAGAAGCACUUAGUAAGCAGGUAAGGGUGCAAUAUUUUGACCAACUGAAUUUAAUAGUUGGUAAAAAGAAAUGUCUGAUGAGUUUAAUUAAAAUUUUAGCUUAACAUUGAAUGUUGUCAAUACUUGCACUGCAAAUCUUGGUUCUGUUUGGCCAAUUACAAACACCUUUUUGUUAUAUGCUUGGUUUUUUCGUUCGAAGUCUGAUUGAUUAGUAACUAAAACAUGACAAUAAUUGAUUAUUUUCAGCAGCAAUAAUCAGCAAAAUAUGCGAGUUUCAUUUGGUUUAGCGGCAUUGUUAACAUUUAACUUUCCAAUAUGGCCGACAGAUGAUGCAUAAUGAAAUUAUUAUAAGUUUUCUAUGUGAUUAUCUAUGUAUUUGAUCCAUAAUGGUAAAGGACCUAAAAUGUAAAUAAGCUGACAUUUCUUUACUCACCCAUCAAGUCAUCCAUGUAAUUAACUGAGGAACAUCGAAGACGUCUUCUAGCUGAAACCGUUGUGAUUCAUCAGGUCAAACACACCUGACAAAAGUGAAUAGGAUCAAAAACAAACUGUAAAAAAAAAAGAAAAGGAUUCUACAUACCACAUCUUGCAUACUGUAUAAAGCUUUGUCUGAAAUAGUCUGUAUGAUGAUUACUCAACAAUCCACAGAUGUCAGUAUUUAUUAAAAUACACCACCAUCAAACAUCUUAUUGUCAUAUUGCUAUCAUAUUUGUACUGGCAUAUUUGAGCAAAUUGUUAAAGGUGCAUUGACUCAAUAUUGAGGUGCAUUGACUCAAUAAACUUAAAAUCAAUAGUCAUUAACAAAGACAGAAUUUUAGAUGAAUAUAAAAGUAUGAAGAGAGAUGAGGAGUAUAGCACUGCAUUUAUAAUCACAUACUCAAGUUGUUCCUUGAAAAAAAAAAAGUAUAUACAUAUUCAUACAAAAGUUCUGUCUGGUUCUCGAAUCUGAUUAACUGAUAUCUGUGCGAUAUUCCAGUAAUAACAGCACUCAUACUCACCCUUGUGUAUUACUCUGCCCACAUAGAGUGACAGCAGAUCAAUAAACUUACUAGUUUGAUAAAUAUUGCAGUUGUUAGACAACAAUGUUCUUUUGAGGCUUUUUCAAAUGGGAAUGUUGUUGUUUAGAUUGCAACAAUGCAGUUUAUUUAUAAGGAUAGUGCUUAUUUUAAAUAUUUAUAAUUUCGGAGUCUGCAUCCAUCAGUCAUACUGAGCAGAGUAAAGAUGGUUGACGUUGUCCAUGCACAAGAUGGCGACAGAGACCACAUAAUAAGCCCUUAGAGGAGAAAAACAGCAUAAUUUUAAAUUACAGCUGAUCUAAUCAUUAUUAAACUGGUAAAUGACUUUCUAAGUCGACCUCUCUCUUUUGUAUGUUGUAGUGCUGUAUGUAUACCAUAUAAUUGUAGUGUAUUCUGUGUGAAAUGGUACUCACAUAUCAGGAAUGUAUGUAUUUUGUGUUUGCCACUCUCUGUAUAACCCUGAGUUGCUUUUUGGUUGGUUUCUAAUGAGUUUCCUGUUUGUUUCUAACGAGUAGUUAAUGAGUGUUUCUUAUAAGUAGUGCCGACUAGUUCAGUAAAAAGACAGAAAGAAGAAAUCCCUGCAUGUUUUUAGCAUUUGUCCUUAUCGCAAACACAAUAGUAAUAUAUAGUGUUUGCUUUGCUUUGGCUUUUUUUUUUUUAGGUUAAUUAUUGUGAUUGCAACAGAGAAAUACUGGGAAAGCUCUGUAGACUGAAGGCAUUUAAUAACCUUCAACUUCAUAAUCUUAAAAUGUCAGUAAAAUCACUUUUUUGUCAUCACUUUAGACAUUACGCUAGAGAAUCAUUCAAAUACUAGCUCUAAAAUGACGUUUGUAAAGUAGCAAUGAUUUCUGCUAUUCUGACCAUCAGCUGCAGAUGUGAAUGAAUGAAUGGCAGAAGAAAGUAGUUCCUCUUACAAAAGGAUUUUUAGACUCUCUAUUUGAUUUUUUUUGCAAGAUUAUGCUGUCAAACUGGUGUAUAAACGCGAUAUUACACUUGUAGCAGUGCAAUGUGGCUGUAUUUUUGUCACUCAUGGGACACUACACAUGCCUCCCACCAGUGCCAAUAUACAGCCAUAUCGCACUGCUACAAGUGAUAUUGCUCAUAUAUAAAAUGGAAGUCAACAAAAAAAAAGACAUUUUAAAUAACAAAUAAUGAGUAAAUAAUGUUAGAAUCUUUUUUGUGAACUAUUUAAGUCACACGCCGAUUGAAAAUUAAUAACAUUAUAUUAACAAGCUAAUAGAUUAUAUUCACAUCAGAACCAGGAAUACGAGUCUGAAUAUUUAACUGAACAAUUCAUUAUGAUAUGGUUUGUUAUUUGCUUUACUGACUGUGUGAAAAAAGAUAAGCUAGCGAAGACAUUUCUUCAAUACACUGGACAAGUGUUUCCCAAAGAAAAUUUAAUGUUUGUUUUUUUUUACCAUGCAAAUUAUUGUGACAUUUGUAAAAAAAAAAAAAACAAUAAACAGUUUUAAAAAAUAUCCAAA